CCCCAUUCUCCCGCUUUCCAUCACCUCGCCCCAUUCGCCCUCUUUCCAUCACCCCGCCCCAUUCUCCCGCUUUCCAUCACCCACCCCAUUCUCCCGCUUUCAAUCACCCCGCCCCAUUCUCCCGCUUUCCAUCACCCCGCCCCAUUCUCCCGCUUUCCAUCACCCCGCUCCAUUCUCCCUCUUUCCAUCACCCUGCCCCAUUCUCCCGCUUUCCAUAACCCCGCCCCAUUCUAACUCUUUCCAUCACCCCGCCCCAUUCUCCCGCUUUCCAUCACCCGCCCCAUUCUCCCGCUUUCCAUCACCCUGCCCCAUUCUCCCUCUUUCCAUCACCCCGCCCCAUUCUCCCUCUUUCCAUCACCCCGCCCCAUUCUCCCUCUUUCCAUCACCCCGCCCCAUUCUCCCGCUUUCCAUCACCCCGCCCUAUUCUUCCUCUUUCCAUCACCCCGCCCCAUUCUCCCUCUUUCCAUCACCCCGCCCCAUUCUCCCUCUUUCCAUUACCCCGCCCCACUCUCCCGCUUUCCAUCACCCGCCCGAUUCUCCCGCUUUCCAUCACCCCGCCCCAUUCUCCCGCACCCCGCCCCAUUCUCCCGCUUUCCAUCACCCCGCCCCAUUCUCCCGCUUUCCAGCACCCCGCCCCAUUCUCCCGCUUUCCAUCACCCCGCCCUAUUCUCCCGCUUUCCAGCACCCCGCCCCAUUCUCCCGCUUUCCAUCACCCCGCCCCAUUCUCCCGCUUUCCAGCACCCCGCCCCAUUUCUCUGCUUUCCAUCACCCCGCCCGAUUCUCCCGCUUUCCAUCACCCCGCCCCAUUCUCCCGCUUUCCAUCACCCCGCCACAUUCUCCCGCUUUCCAUCACCCUGCCCCAUUCACCCUCUUUCCAUCACCCCAUUCCAUUCUCCCGCUUUCCAUCACCCGCCCCAUUCUCCCGCUUUCCAUCACCCCACCCCAUUCUCCCUCUUUCCAAAACCCAGCCCCAUUCUCCCGCUUUCCAUCACCUCGCCCCAUUCGCCCUCUUUCCAUCACCCCGCCCCAUUCUCCCGCUUUCCAUCACCCACCCCAUUCUCCCGCUUUCAAUCACCCCGCCCCAUUCUCCCGCUUUCCAUCACCCCGCCCCAUUCUCCCUCUUUCCAUAACCCCGCCCCAUUCUCCCACUUUCAAUCACCCCGCCCCAUUCUCCCGCUUUCCAGUACCCCGCCCAAUUCUUCCGCUUUCCAUCACCUCGCCCUAUUCUCCCGCUUUCCAUCACCCCGCCCCAUUCUCCCGCUUUCCAUCACCCCACCCCAUUCUCCCUCUUUCCAUCACCCCGCCCCAUUCUCCCUCUUUCCAUCACCCUGCUCCAUUCUCCCGCUUUCCAUAA